CGUCGCCCGUAUCUCAGCACGUUGGAUGCAAACAAGAGUCUGUUCUGGACACAACCGGAGUCGCGUCCCCUUAACCCGAGCGAGAAACAGGCGCGACGAUGCGACGACAGCGCCGGGGAAGCAGCGGUCUUGCGUAGCGGGCAGCUGGAGCCUUUGGGGAGCCGGGGAUUCCGUGACAUUGAGAGGGCUCGCAGGAUUGUCAUGCCACCAUGUCAUCAGCUGCCAGUUCUUCCAUACCAGCAGACUUUCAGCAAACAAGCAGGACUUUUACGAUGUCUUGGGGGUCUCCCGUACCGCUUCACAGAAGGAAAUCAAGAAAGCCUACUAUCAGAUGGCAAAGAAGUACCACCCUGACACUAACCCGGAAGACCCGGAUGCCAGAGAGAAGUUCGCAAAGCUGGCUGAAGCCUAUGAGGUUCUCAGCGACGAGGUGAAGAGAAAGCAGUACGACACAUAUGGGACGGCGGGCUUCGACCCCAGCCGUGGCGGAGGGCCAGGCCGGCAGCAAUACUACAAGGCUGGGGGAGCGAACAUAGACCCCGAGGAGCUCUUCAGAAAGAUCUUUGGGGAGUUUACCGGCCAAGGGGGCUUCACAGAUUUCAACAGCAUGUUUGACCAGAGACCAGAGUAUGUGAUGGAGUUGACGUUCACCCAGGCAGCGAAGGGCGUAAACAAAGAGAUGAUGGUGAACAUCGAGGAUAACUGUCCGCGAUGCGAUGGGAAGGGAAAUGAACCAGGCACCAAAGUCUCACACUGUAAUUACUGCAAUGGCACAGGCAUGGAGAUGAUCAACACGGGUCCUUUUAGGAUGCGCUCCACCUGUCGGCGCUGCGGUGGGAGGGGCUACAUCAUGACCACGCCAUGCGUGCUCUGCCGCGGUUCGGGCCAGACCAUACAGAAACAGACCGUCACAGUGCCCGUACCUGCAGGAGUGGAAGACGGCCAGACAGUAUGUAUGCCUGUAGGGAAGAAAGAAAUCCUCAUCACAUUCAGGGUCCAGAGGAGCCCGGUUUUCCGGAGGAAUGGGGCGGACAUCCACUCCGAUGUACUGAUCUCUGUGGCCCAGGCCAUCCUGGGUGGUGUAGCCAGGGCACAGGGCCUGCAUGAAACAAUCAAUAUAGCGAUCCCUGCCGGUUGUCAGGCUGACCAGGUCAUCAGGCUGCAGGGGAAAGGCAUUCGGAUAAUGAACAGCUACAGCUACGGAGACCACUAUGUCCACAUUAAGAUCAGAGUGCCAAAGAAGUUGAGCCACAAACAGCGCUCUCUGAUGCUGCGUUAUGCUGAGGAGGAGACAGACGUGCAGGGAACUGUCAAUGAAGUCAAUGUUUCUUCAGGUGGGGGCAGCAGCACCGCAGACUCCAGUGCGGGGCAGACCAAAGAAGAGGAGAGACGGGACACACAGCAGAAAGAGGAGGAGGAGGGAGGCUUCUUCUCCAAACUGAAGAAAAUGUUUAGCUGACACCAGCAGUACCACGUACCUACAGAUGAAUCUUCUGGUUUUGAGUCUGUAGGUCACUACACAGCUGUAACAGUCCAUUUAAGAAGAUGUAAAAUAAAACAACAGAAGAAGACGGAAGAUGCAAUAGGCCACCAUGCUUUCCCCUCCUGCUUCAUGGGUAGACUAGCGAAGAGAGCGGUCCGGAGACGGAGAGGGUUUCCACGCGGUGGCGAAUCUAAAGUUUCAGUUGCUGUCAAUAAACGGGACACCGAUGGCGUCCGCCACGAGUCAGAGGCGGCCGUCGGGCUGAGAUGUCGGAACUCGAAUUGCCUGGAAGAAGAGCAAAGUGGCCACGAUGCCCCGGGACAGACACGAAGAGAGGACUAUGGACUAUAAGUUAAGAAACGCCGUUUUGCUUCCCUGUGGGAAAACUGCACCACUGACUGAUGACAUGUGUUGGAAUAAAGAGCGUGUUGCAGAUUUCAGAACGGCCACACGGGGUCGUAAGACUCCAGUACCGUCUUGAAGGAAGAAUUAUUGUGAAAAAUAUUUGAGAGAACAAAACGGGCAGAUGUAAUGUGAACUGAAUGGGUCUAAACAGGUUUAAGGAACUCUGUCAAGAGUG